UUGUUAUCUUUGCAUGUAUCCGGUACCUUAUCAUAUACUAGUAGAACCAUAUAUAUAGUUGUUGAAUGUUGAAUUGGAUAAGUUAGCCAAAAAUGCUUGCCCCGAAGACUAGGGUCCUUCUCUUCAUGCUCUCUAUUUCAACAGGUCAUGCACUUAAGUGCCAUACAUGCAAUUCUGUUACUGACCCAGGAUGCAAUAACAUCAAGUUUGAGCCCUUGAACAAAACAAACUUGUUCGAGGAAUGUGAAGAUUCUUUUAUAAUCACCACUGCUACGAUGGGACUUCGUGAUAAAAUCGAUGAACUGAACCUCAACAAAUCCUCAGACGCUUGUACUAAAGUCACUGUUACUGCGGGUAAAGAAACGGUUACAUUUCGUGGCUGUUCCAUUCUAGGAGAGAAAACUUGCGACAUGUUGAAUAAAUUGCCAAAACCCCGAUCUGAUUUAUCUAUAAACUGCCAUCAAUGUACAGACAAGGAUUACUGCAACAAUGCAAACAGCAAGGUUCCAUUCGCCUCAGUCAUUUUAAUGGCUGCAUUGAGUUUGGUGCUCAAAUUUUGAGCUUAUCAUAAUUCCAAAUUGUUGUUUACUAAAUAAAAUUUAUUUCAUUUACCAUUCACAAUUUUCUCAAAAUAUGUAUUGUGGCAUAACUAAUUAUGAUUUCUAUGGCUUUUAAAAUAUCUUUGAUGAUAUAUAAUUUAUUUACUUGUCUGUUAUUGUGUCUCUUCUUUAUUUGAUCAGAAAUCCCAGAACAAGAAAAAUUUCUUUUGUGUUGUAUUUUUUUUUAUUUAUUACAAAUUAGAAAUUUUUUUCAAAAGAUAUUUUAAUCUUCUUUGAAUGAAAUAUUUGCAUUCUUUUUUGAAAUACGUUUUUCGUGGAAAAUGCUUUUUGCAAUACGUGCGAGUUGGUGCAAGAUUUUUAUCAGCUUUCAUUAAAAUGUUAAAACGUGGAAGGACGGUCUGGAACAUAUUAUUUGAAGCGUUUUAGUGAAAAUUUUGGAAUAAAAGUCCCUGAUGAAAUAAUACGGAUUCGGCAUGACUGUAUUUUCGUUGGAAAAAUUAUCAACGCCAAAUGCUAUUUUAGAGUUUUGUAAAGGUAAUGUGAGAAGUAAAAGACAAUAUUUUAUAUUA